AUGAGUCCGAACUACGUCAAAAUGGACUUUGCACACGAAAUGGUCGAACUCGCGAUCAAUCACUGUGACUUUGCAAUGGCUAGCACCAUCUUCGAGGAUGAUUCCUACUGGAGCACAGAAGGUCUCACCAUCCUACUGAGUCAUGGGGUCCCGUUCAUCUAUUUCGUAGAGGGGGAACAUGUGGUAUUGGGGCAGGACGACCUUCAGCUUUGUUUCCGAACUGUUGCUCAUUAUUGCAUGGCAACGAACGACUACGAAUUAUGUCAGUGGCUGCUACACGUUGGCAUGGAUCCCGACGAGCUCUAUGUUUACUUUUUGGAUGGUCUUCAGAUCAGAAAAGGCCCAGGGUUGCAUUGCUCUCUUCCUGAGGGCAUAGACACGCAAUAUUUUGAUGAUGGCUAUACGUUGCCCUCUCUUCUCGCCGUCGCGGCUGAGGGGAACAACAUAGAUUGGAUGAAGUUCCUUGCGGUUAACGGUGUCUCUGUUAACGAUUCCAGGGCAUUGUUACAGGCGAUCAAGUCAAGGGCGACUGUCACCACUGUGCAUUUUCUUCUAGACGCAGCAAAAGCGGGGAAGUCUUCAGUUAAACGAAGCUAUGGUGUCGCGGCACUUCGCCAAGCAAUUCGUUACCGCGACAUCAAUCGGAUCGACAUUCUGUGUAGUGUUGUGGACAUUGAUGAAUUCGAGCCAUUCAACGAAGAAUCUGUGAAAAAGAAACCUGCAGUGAGCCCUCUCGGCGAAGCUAUCAUUGCGAGAGAUACCGAAAUCGUUCGGGUCUUGUUAAAUCAUGGCGCCAGUCCAAAUGCAUACGUAUCCUUCGAUGGCUCGAAGAUGUUGGAACACAUCAAGAGCCCCAUGGAGCGAGUCACCCCCUUACUAGCCGCUAUCGACGUACAAUGUCUCCCCCUGGUCAAGAUAUUGGUGGAGCACGGGGCAGAGCUACAGUACACACGCAACAUGGGUGUUACCCGCACACCUUUGCAAAGAGCCGCCGAGACGGGUAGCUUCGACAUCGUGGAGUGCCUCGUCGACCAGGGUGCCAUCAUCGAUACCGUUCCAGUAUACUCUGGCGGCACCGCAUUGCAACUAGCUGCCAUGAGCGGAUUCUGCGGCAUUGCAGCGUUUCUGCUCGAGCACGGGGCCGACCCAAACUACCCGCCGGCCAAGGGCGAUGGGCGGACAGCUUUCGAAGCAGCAGCAGAGUGGGGUCGUGUCGACACAAUGUCGCUUUUGAUGCAGUGGAACACCAACCUUGAUGCGCAGUUUGGAGGGCCUCCCGAAAGUCAGUAUGAGCGGGCUCGACGGUUUGCCGAGAAGAAUGGUUCCAUGGCAUCAAAGCGAUUUGUUGAACAUCUCUAUGGGCAAAGGACGAGAGACAAAAGUUGGCCUGCGGAUUUGGCGUUGGAUUUGAUGUGA